GGAAAACCUUCCUAAAUUAUAACCUUCAUAUAAAGGAGAUUGUUUUGUUUCCGAAUAGGUUAUGAACAGUAGAGAGAUGUUUUGUAUUAUCUUGAAACCAGGAUUAAAUUGUUUGUGACCAGGAAUAUAAAGAAUGAUGAUUACACUUCAAAGGAAGCUACGGAAAAAUGCCGAAGAUCCAAAUUAUCAUAAUAAAAAUUGUACCAGAAGAGUUUCAAUUAGAGAUAAACUUCUUGUUAAAGAGAUCCAAGAGAUGGAAACUAUGCUGCCUUCAACAUGUUCAGUUAAAUUUAAAGAUCCCCACAAGCUACAUGAAUUUUAUCUCAGUGUUACACCUGAUGAAGGUUUCUGGCAAGGAGGAAAAUUUUGGUUCCAUAUAUACAUAACAGAAGAUUAUAAUAUCGCUCCUCCUACUGUUAAGUGUCAGACGAAAUUGUGGCAUCCUAACAUAAGCGAAGAUGGGGAUAUUUGUUUAAGUUUGCUGCGACAAAAUUCAAUUGAUGGUCUUGGAUGGGCACCAACAAGGCGAUUAAAGGACGUUGUUUGGGGUUUGAACUCACUUUUUACUGAUUUGCUAAAUUUUGAGGACCCCUUGAAUAUAUCUGCUGCCGAAUUAUAUGUUCGUGACAAAGAAGCCUUUAAAAACAAAGUCCGUGAUUAUGUCAUACAAUAUUCUAGAAGUUGUUAAUGUGAGCGUGUGUUUAUACAUACCUAUACAUAUGUUUUGUAGAAAAUUGUAUAUUGUAUAUUCAGUCCUUAUUGUAAGUCUGUAUGUUUUAUGUAAAAUCUUGCCAUAUUAUGAUUAUUUUUUCUUCCAUACCAAUCGUUGAAAUAUCUGUUAUAUAAUUAGCUAUUUGUUUUAAUCAGUUUUAGAAUCAUUUUAUUUUGAUAUUAUCUUCUUUUUUUUUUCAAAGCAUACUAUCAUUUAUUAAAUGAAAUGCUAAUAAUAUAUUAGUCCUCUAAAUAUGAUGAAAAUAUGACUGAAAAUAUGACAUUAAAAUCUGACCAGAUGAGAUCUCUGAAUAAUUUAAGCUUUUUGCUUAUAAUAAUCAUGACUUAGGCAUCAAUAAUCCUUGGGCAUAAUUUAUCCUCGACCUCUUCUGCUGAUUGACUUGGAGGUUGUUAUUUGAAUUUUUCACCUUGGACAUCACCCUCAAUUGAUACAAAUAGUUCAUUUGAUUUGAACAUCGGCAUUAUUUAGUAAUUUCUUUAUGGGUGCAGUCAGUUAUUUUUUGUAUUUGCUUUUUUCUCACUGUAGAAGAACGUGUUAGCCACAUCAAAUUAAAUUAAAUUUGGAAAGAGUUUAAAUGCCCUCCUUGUUUGCCUCUGGGUAGUGUACUUGACAUUUAUUUUGUCCACAUUCUCUAUGCUACUUCUUACCUCUUCUGUCUUUUUAGUGAGUAUUGAUGUUAGUAUUUUCCUGUAGAUUAUCUUUCAUGUCAUGCUCAGUUUAACUAGAAGUGUCAAGUUUUUUCCAAGACCUUUUUUUCUAAAUUCAAAGGUGUUUUAGAAGUGACUACUUUCUGUAACCAAAUCCAAAACUGCCAUCUUCCCCUUUUAUUUAUCCAGUUUUUCCCCAAAUAUUCCUAACAUGAAUGUUGAAACAAAUAUGAUCAACUACUUCUGAAUGAUAUAUUUUUUCAAUUUAAUUCUUGAAGAUUACCUAUAUAAAUUAAAGAAAUUUAAAUUGCUUAGUAGGUCCUUCUGGUAUUAAAACUACAUUUUAUGUACAAAAACAUCAUAAUUAUUUCAUUGUUUUGUUGUAAUAUUUUUUGGGGUAAAAAAAUUCAGACAUAAAGACAGUUGAAGGAUAAAAUUUUCACAAGGAAGCAAAUUUUAUAUUAAGAAAAACAUAAACAAAUACUCUACCUGUUAUUCACAGGGUUAAAAUUACCAUGUUGAAAUUUUUAUUUUUUCCAUUUAACAACGAGCUGUCUUAGCCAUAUGGUAUGGUCAUUGUCACAGAAAAUUUUUUUGUUUAACAGAAAACAAAUUAUUAAAUUUUAUCAGUGAAUAAUGUGACUGGCUUUUGUUGAAUUGAAAACUAUUAUCUUAUAAAUAAUAUACCAAAUUCUGGAAUUGGUUUAGCUUUUUAUGGUUUUAUAUUCCUAAAUUAGGCAGGUUUUCAACAAGCAUUUUUUCAUAGAAUUCUGAUUUUCUAAUAGUGUAAAUUGUAAAUUUUUAUUUUGCUUUAUGCAUAUUUUCAUUACUACAUUGUAUUAUUUUUAUUCUAUUGUGUGCAUAUGUAUGUAUUAUCAUUUACAUAAUUUUAUUUUAAAUAACCUAAUGCUGUUAACUGGGUUACUAAUUUUUUUAAAUCAUAUUGUUAUAUUUCUUUUGUUCAAUUUUAAUUACAUAUAAUUAAAAAUUAUGCAUGUUUAUUUGUGUAUGUGAGUUGUGUGUA